AUGGCUGGAUUUUUCGCUGAAACUCCUCUAGAAAGUUGGUCUCUCGAUGGUUUGAGCAAGUGGUGUGCCUUUAAUGUUACAUGUGAUAAGAAAAAACUUUUGGAUGCCAUGAAAAAGGCUAUUCAAGAUAUGAGCAAUGACACUGUCUCGGAAGUUGCCAAAAGGAAGGCCGAUCGUAUUUCGCUAUGGUUCAAGAAUGUCUUUAGUUUCAAGUUUCCUGUAGCACAUUAUGGGACUGUUAGUCGUCUGGGUGUUGAACUGUUAUCCUGGAAAUUAGCUAAGAAUAAGAGCGAUUAUUUUAAAUCUUUGCAAGAUCUGAGGAAAACGAAGGAAGAGGAAACUACUCGACUGGCGCAGAUAAAAAGCAAUGAAGCUAUACGACUUGCCGAGAUAAAGUCAAAAAAUUUGCAAGAACAUACUAUUACAGUAGUGGAUUUCCAUAGAGACAUUGCUAUUGACCUCACUACUAACAAUCACAAAAGGAAAGAAAUCCCAGCAUAUGAAGAUGAGGAGCUGACACCAGCUGAGGAUGACAAUAAUAAUAUUCCAAAAAAUGUAAAAAUUGAUCAACAUUUUGUACAUGAUACAGAUUUUGAACAGGAUGUGGAUAACAUGUAUUGUCAGGAGCUGUCUUUAUUUGAGACUUCGUUAAAUUUGGCUAUCGGAAAGCUUGCUAAAAGUAAAAGUGGCAUUGCGAGAUAUCGGAUUUUAUUUUUACCAGAAGAUAAUAUUCAUAGUCCAAUUAAGCGCUUAUUUACCAACGAAGAGUGGUCAAUAAUGGAAUCGAACUGGGAAAAGGUUGAAAAAAGGAUCGCGGAUUCUCUUCCCCAGAUUGAUGAAAACGUAAAAGUACUUUUAGAGAAAUAUAGCAAGUGUAUAAAAGAUGCCACCAUCAAAUGUUAUGUUGACUUAAAUAAAGUCGAAGGCAUCAUUUCUAAAAGCCCGUUUGAAGAUCAGCAUUUGUAUCUGUUCGAAAGAGACUAUCAUCUUCGAUGGGUACAAUCAGUAUAUAAUGCUUUUAUAUUGUGUCUUCAGACACCAUUCAGCCCUCUAUGUGAUCCGGAUGCAUCUGAAUAUGUGUAUAGAAGCCGGAUUAUAAAUUAUAUUUGGGAGGGACUUUUCUUUGAUGUAAAUGCCAUAGCCAUAAUGAAGACAGGUGAAGUUGAAAAUACGGACCGAAAAAAACAACUGGACCUAUCAAGAAAUUUGGAUCAACAUAAAUCAACUCUUGGAACUUGGUAUUAUGAUGCUGUUCUAGUCAUGAAAGUUGGAAGCAAGUUAGUUCAAAAUAGCUGUGAAUCAGAUUUAAUACAAAAUUUGUCUGCAAAUCUUAAACAUACUUUUAUGGAGUCAGUAUGUCAUAUGAAAAUGAAUGCACCACUUAAUAUCAGAGAGCUUUGCAAAAUGAAUGUAUAG